AUGGAGACCACGCCUUCUUGCAGGUAGAAAGGCGUGGUCUUUAGUCUAAUCAAGUGGUGGUAGCUAGCUUGGACUGCUACUAGCAGCUCAAUAAGCUAUAGUGAGGGGUGGGAGAUGAGACAACAUCGGAGGAGCUCUCAUGAAGAUGUCGUCAGAAGGUGUGAGUGAUGUGCAGAGCUAUGAACCCAACCAGUACAUAUGUGGGGGCGUGGCAUCAGUCGUCAACGUCAUGGUAACCUUCCCCAUUAACAAGGUCAUGUUUCGUCAACAAGUUCACGGCAUUCGACUCUACAAAGCGAUUGGUCAGCUUCGUCUGGAGGGCAGGGUCAACAUGUUCCGAGGCCUACUGCCCCCCCUCUUACAACGAACAGCCACCGUCUCCCUCAUGUUUGGCACUUACUCUAACUUCCACAGGAUCAUUGAGGAGACCUUGCCUUCUCUACCGUACCUCCCCUCGCAUAUACUAGCAGCUGUCGGUGCCGGCACUACUGAAGCUAUUCUAACCCCCUUCGAGCGGAUACAAGUAGCGCUACAGGUCACCAAGCAUCAUGACUGGCUACAGAACACAUUUCACGCCACAAGAGUCAUUGGUUCCUACGGUGUAAGGGAGUUGUAUCGAGGCUUCUCAAUCGUCCUUCUCCGGAAUGGGCCCAGUAAUUGUGUGUUCCUUGGUCUGAGAGACCCCCUGCAGAGAUCCCUCCCACAGUGGGAGAGUGAGGUGGGGGACACAGCUAAUGCAUUCCUGAGUGGGGCGGGGCUUGGAGCAGUCCUCAGUACCGCCUUUUUCCCUCUCAAUGUCGUCAAGAACCGAAUGAUGAUGGACGUUGGUGGGAGAUUCCCGGGAAUAUGGGAGACACUACAAGUGACGUUGAAGGAGAGGGACUACAGAUGGCGGAAGAUGUUUCGUGGAGUCCACAUGAACUACACACGAUCGUUCCUCUCCUGGGGUAUUAUCAACGCUGUAUAUGAACUACUCAAAAAACAUUUCCCCUGGCAUCAGUAUUAUGAGUGGACUAGCUAGUACUAGUGUGUCUCUUUUAUAUAAUGGGUUUAUCACAUAUUCAUUUUGUACCACCAUAAUUACAUGAGCAAAUUUUUUAUAACUAUACAAGUACAAUACAUGUUGCACUUUAAUUAAUAAAAUUACACUGUAUAAUUGUAAAAAAAUUUUUAUUGGAAUUA